CUUUCACGUUGGUCAAGUUGUGUUGCAGUUAGUUUUCUCAGUGUGAAGCUCCAGCUGAAGAUGAUGAGCUUAUGAGUUCAGCAGCAUGGAUCAGUGUGAGGACAGAGGAACCACUCUGAGUGGAGAACAGGACAGAGGAACCACUCUGAGUGGAGAACAGGACAGAGGAACCACUCUGAGUGGAGAACAGGACAGACAGACCAAAGCUCAGAGGACCAUUCUGAGACUGGACUCUGAUGAAUCUGAACCUGAACCUGAACCCAGCUGUGUGUCCAUGAAGAGUGACCGGUCUAUUGGUCACUUCAUUGAUUUUAAAGAACGACAACCCUCUGCUGCAAAGAGGAGGAAGCUGAAAGAACCUGAACCUGAACCCAGCUGUGUGUCCAUGAAGAGUGACCGGUCUAAAGGUCGCUUCAUUGAUUUUAAAGGACAACAACCCUCUGCUUCAAAGAGAUUCAACCAGGAGAGCUCAGAGGUUCCCAGUGGUCAGUCUGCCCAGCAGCAUCAAACACACCUGGACUCCAUCUUUAUGCUGCUGGAGGAGAACAUCGUCACUUUUGUGAAGAAUGAGUUGAAGAAGAUCCAGAAGGUUCUGAGUCCAGAUUACCCAGAAUGCUCAGAGAGUAAGAGGGAGAAUGAGGAGGUGUUGGAAGGUGAGGAUGAAGAGCAGAGGAAGUGCAGCAGAGAGGCAUUUCUGAAGAUCACACUGCACUUCCUGAGGAGAAUGAAGCAGGAGGAACUGGCUGACCGUCUGCAGAGUGGAAGUCCUGCUGGAGUGUGCCAACAUAAACUCAAAUCUAAACUAAAUAAGAAGUUCCAGUGUGUGUUUGAGGGGAUUGCUAAAGCAGGAAACCCAACCCUUCUGAAUCAGAUGUUCACAGAGAUCUACAUAACAAAGGGAGGGACUGCAGAGGUCAAUAAUGAACAUGAAGUCAGACAGAUUGAAACAGCAUCCUGGAAACCAGACAGACCAGAAACAACAAUCCGACGAGAAGACAUCUUAAAAACCCCACCUGGAAGAGAUGAACUAAUCAGAACAGUAAUGACUAAGGGAGUGGCUGGCAUCGGGAAAACAGUCUUAACACAGAAGUUCACUCUGGACUGGGCUGAAGACAAAAGUGCUGUGGACAAGACCUUACAAAGUCUAAAUGGACACCUGGACUUGUUCCUCCGCUUCCUCCUGGGUCUUUCUCUUGAGACCAAUCAGACUCUCCUACGAGGCCUGCUGACACAGACAGGAAGUAGCUCACAGACAAAUCAGGAAACAGUCAAGUACAUCAAGGAGAAGAUGGAUCUGUCUGCAGAGAAAAGCAUCAAUCUGUUGCACUCUCUGAGCUCAAACCCUUCCCAUCUGAGAGAGCUGGACCUGAGCUACAACCAUCCAGGAGACUCAGGGGUGAAGCUGCUGUCAGCGGGACUGAAGAAUCCACUCUGGAGACUGGACACUCUCAGGAAGUUUGGGCGUUUUCUCUCCCGCUGCUCCGCUCUCAUCUCCCUUACCGGACAUUUCCCCGGGAAACAACAGAGCACCGGUUCCCGUGUGGUCGUUAUUACGCUUUUCUCCGGAGAGACGGAGUUUCUAAACGGACCCUCCAGUACCAGCUCCAGUACCAGCUCGAGUACCAACUCCAGUAGCAGCUCCAGUAGCAGCUCCAGUAGUAGCUCCAGUAGUAGCUCCAGUAGUAGCUCCAGUAGUAGCUCCAGUAGUAGCUCCAGUACCAGCUCCAGUAGUAGCUCCAGUAGUAGCUCCAGUACCAGCUCCAGUAGUAGCUCCAGUAGUAGCUCCAGUACCAACUCCAGUACCAGCUCCAGUACCAGCUCCAGUAUUAGCUCCAGUAGUAGCUCCAGUAGCAGCUCCAGUAGCAGCUCCAGUAGUAGCUCCAGUAGCAGCUCCAGUAGCAGCUCCAGUAGCAGCUCCAGUAGUAGCUCCAGUAGCAGCUCCAGUAGCAGCUCCAGUAGCAGCUCCAGUAGCAGCUCCAGUAGCAGCUCCAGUAGCAGCUCCAGUAGCAGCUCCAGUAGUAGCUCCAGUACCAGCUCCAGUACCAGCUCCAGUACCAGCUCCAGUACCAGCUCCAGUAGCAGCUCCAGUAGUAGCUUCAGUAUUAGCUCCAGUACCAGCUCCAGUACCAGCUCCAGUACCAGCUCCAGUAGCAGCUCCAGUAGUAGCUCCAGUACCAGCUCCAGUAGCAGCUCCAGUACCAGCUCCAGUAGCAGCUCCAGUAGCAGCUCCAGUAGUAGCUCCAGUACCAGCUCCAGUACCAGCUCCAGUACCAGCUCCAGUACCAGCUCCAGUAGCAGCUCCAGUAGCAGCUCCAGUAGUAGCUCCAGUAGCAGCUCCAGUAGUAGCUUCAGUAUUAGCUCCAGUACCAGCUCCAGUACCAGCUUCAGUAUUAGCUCCAGUAUUAGCUCCAGUAGUAGCUCCAGUACCAGCUCCAGUACCAGCUCCAGUAGUAGCUCCAGUACCAGCUCCAGUACCAGCUCCAGUAGUAGCUCCAGUAGCAGCUCCAGUACCAGCUACAGUACCAGCUACAGUAGUAGCUCCAGUAGUAGCUCCAGUAGUAGCUCCAGUACCAGCUUCAGUAGUAGCUCCAGUAGCAGCUCCAGUACCAGCUCCAGUACCAGCUCCAGUACCAGCUCCAGUAGCAGCUUCAGUAGCAGCCUCUGCAGCUUCAGUAGCAGCUCCAGUAGUAGCUCCAGUAGUAGCUCCAGUAGUAGCUCCAGUACCAGCUCCAGUACCAGCUCCAGUACCAGCUCCAGUAGUAGCUCCAGUACCAGCUCCAGUACCAGCUCCAGUACCAGCUCCAGUAGUAGCUCCAGUACCAGCUACAGUAGUAGCUCCAGUACCAGCUCC